UAUAUAUAAAAAGAUAUACUGUUUUUUUUCAGAGAAAAUGGGGAACAUUCUUUCUUUUCUUUUCCCAGAGAAGGGUCAACUCCCUCAACCUUCUCCAUCCUCUUCAUCUCAGGAUGAAAGUUCCCUGGUUACUGGUGUUUCCUCUUCACAAGAUCCUCCCGCUGAUCCUGAACUGGUUUCCGAAGCAAUUGCAUUUGAAAAACCGGUUCCAGAGCCAGUUGAAGAGCCGGCUUCAGCAGCUGUUCAAGAUCCCGUUCAAGAACCAGUUCCUGAACUCGUUCAAAAAACAGUUCCUGAGUCUGUUCAAGAACCAGUUCUGGUUCCUGGGCCAGUACCAGAACCAGAAGUGGUUCCUGUCCAAAUUGACGUAGAAGAUGAUGAUAUAGAAAUCAUUGGAAAUAUAUCUGAUAAAGGCGAAAACAUUAUGGAUUCUGCUCCUUUGAUUGAAGAUACACCCAUUAAGGAAGAUUAUCCUGUGUUUGUUAAAGAAGAUUCUCCUGCCCCUGUAAAGGAAGAUUCUCCUGUGCCCGUUAAAGAAGAUUCUCCUGUCCCUGUUAAGGAAGAUUCUCCUGUGCCCGUUCACGAAGAUUCUCCUGCCCCUGUUAAAGAAGAUUCUCCUGUGCACGCAAAAGAAGAUUCUCCUUCCCCUGUUAAAGAAGAUUCUCCUGUGCAUGCAAAAGAAGAUUCUCCUUCCCCUGUUAAGGAAGAUUCUCCUGUGCCCGUUAAGGAAAUUGAUCAAGGAGUUGAAACUACUAACAACCCUGAUGUUGAAAUAAUUGACUUUAAUGAAGAUGAUUCAAAUGUAGCAAUCACUGCGCCGAAUAUAGAACCUUAUCCUGAAUUUGUUAAAGCAGACUCUCCUAACCCUGUUAAAUCAGAUUCUCCUGAACCUGUUAAAGCAGAUUCCCCUGAACCCUUUAAAACAGAAUCUCCUGAGCCAGUUAAAGCAGACUCUCCCGAGCCUAUUAAAGCAGAUUCUCCUGAGCCCGUUAAGGAAGACUCUAUUGAACCUGUUAAAGCAGAUUACCCUGAACCCAUUAAAGCAGACUCCCCUGAACCCGUUAAAGCAGACUCUCCGGACCCGGUCAAAGUAGACUCUCCGGAACCGGUCAAAGUAAACUCUUCGGAGCCUGUUAAACUAGGCUCUCCUGAACCCGUUAAAGUAGACUCUCCGGAGAAUGAUGAUGACUCAUCAAAAGCCUCAAUUGUGAAACUGAGAGAUUUCUUGAGUGACCCAGUUGAUGAUGUUGAGAUAAUCGGGAGUAUUGACGAGAAUGAAACUAAUGAAAAUGGCCUGCCAAGAUUGGAUAAUUGAAGCGGAACUGAAUACUUGAUGUGAUUUAGCUUGCAGUGUCAAUUCAGUUUAACUGCACAAUAAAUAAAAACAUAACUAAAUAAUGCAAUUAAACGUGUACAGUAAAGUUUACAUUGGAAACUUGGAACAUGUACUGUAUAAUUAAUAAAAUGAAACCUAAAGUUGAAA